CAUAGGUCUAACAUAAUGACUUAUUUUGUUUCUUUCCUAAAGGUCAUCCUGCAGUACAUCAUGCCUCACUGUCUUGCCUAUGCAUGUGCAACACACACUGGGCGACUUGAGGAAGGUGUGUCCAUACAUGCCUUCCCCAGGGAUGUUCACCUUUGCACUGUGUGGGUGAGUCGAUGUGGAACCGAUGUGGGCCACAUCCCGACUUUUGUCAAAGAAGUGAUGGGCAGUAAGAGAGCAAAGUAUUACCUGUGCUCUAAGCAUUUUAGUGACUCCAUGUUUGAAGGCAACUUCAUGAAACAACUUCUUCCUCCAAAUUUUAUGAAACGUCAGACUCGCCAACGCCUCAAGAAAAAUGCACUGCCAACCAAGUUCAGUCAUACACAGAAUAAAGAAAGAUCAUCAUCCAGUCUACGUAUUGCAGCACAGGAACGGAAAAAGCUCCUGGAUGAGUUACUGUCGACACAGCCAAGUACAUCGGACACAUUAAUGCAGGAAAUGGAUGAUAACCAUGCUCAGACAGAGCUACUGCUCCAGGACAAGGAAAAGGACAUGAUGAAGGAAGUGGAAGUCACAGUUGGCAAUAAUGUAAGAAAGUGGACACAGCAUGUACUGACAUAAUAGUAGAGUUGUUUAUUAAUGGUAUAAGUAAUGGUUUAGUGGUUGAACAUAACUUUACACUUUAUCCUGCAGGUUGAUGCACCACUAUUCCACGAA